AUGGCGAAACCUGAACUACAUGUCGCAGAGCCUACCGCCAAUGAUAACAUCGGAUACGAACAUAAGGAAAGGCAUGAUACCACAAUCAAGGAGAAUGAUGAGGAAACGACACCUGUCAAGCCUGAGCCUGGAGAGACUCUGAACGGGCAAGUCUUCUCAAUGAGGGAGUUCGACCCAGCUUUGGACGAGAAAAUGCGGCUGCUCAAUGAGGCAAUCGAAGAAAUCGGCUGGACGGGCUUCCACCUCCGAAUGUUCUUCCUUAGCGGGUUCGGCUACUUCGCAGACAGCCUGAUCCUCCUGCUCAUGUCGGUCACACUGGGGCCUGCCGUGAAGGAAUUCCAGCCCUCAUUUCCACGCGGUGUGCUCAUGGCCGCCUACGCAGGCAUGCUCACGGGAGCCCUGUUCUUCGGGCUGACAGGCGAUAUGAUCGGGCGGCGCCUCGCGUUCAACUCAUCCCUGUUCAUCUGCUCGACCUUCGCCAUCCUCGCGGGCGCUUCCCCGAACUGGAUCGUCCUCGGCCUCUUCGUCUCGCUCUCCUGUUUCGGCGGCGGCGGCAACGUCGUCCUCGACGCCACCGUGUUCCUUGAAUUCCUCCCCAGCAACUACCAAUGGCUCUUGACCGUGAUGGCGUGCUGGUGGGGGCUGGGCCCCGUCGUCGCCGCUUCGUUUGCAUGGCCGUUGCUCUCCCUGCCACAGUUCAUCUGCAAGGCCGGAGAAGUCUGCACGCGCUCGAAAAACAUGGGCUGGCGCUACGUCUGGUUCGGGAACGGCGCGCUUGUCAUGGUCCUGAGUAUUGUCCGGAUCACACUCGUCCACCUCCCCGAGACGCCCAAGUUCCUGAUCUCGCAAGGUCGCGACGAAGAAGCCGCGGCGGCGUUGCGGAAGGUCGCUCAGCGCUACAAUCGCCCGUGCAGCCUCACGGGCGAGCAGCUCCAGGCGUGUGGGAAAAUCAAAUCCCGCACGGGCGAGUCGCCUCGAGGCUUCGCCGCCGUAGGCACUCACUUGAAAGGCCUAUUCCAGACGAGACAGUUGGCCCUCUCGACCUGUCUGAUCUGGCUGUCCUGGCUCCUGAUUGGCCUUGCCUAUCCUUUAUUCUACGCCUUCCUCCCCGAAUACCUCGCCUCGCGCGGCGCACGAACCGGCGAAGGGUCGCCCUACUACAUCUGGCGCAACUACCUGAUCACCAACACCUGCGGCAUCUUCGGCCCUAUAUUCGCAGGGUACCUGUGUAACGUCAAACUAUUGGGCAGACGCUACACUUUGGUAAUUUCGGCUCUUCUCACCAUGAGCCUUUUCUUCGCGUACACCAAGGUCCGCACGCCCGCGGAAAAUCUCGGCUUGACGUGUGCAAUCUAUUUCUGCUUCAAGAUGUAUUAUGGGACUAUUUACGCAUACACUCCAGAGGUCCUCCCAUCCGCGCACCGCACAACCGGCUACGGUAUCGCUAUCGGCUGCAACCGGGUCAUGGGGCUCGUGUCGAUCAUCGUCGCUACAUACGCCAACACGGCGACCGAGGUGCCCAUAUACCUAUGUGCGUCGCUGUAUAUUGCCAUGGCUAUCUGUGCGCUCCUCAUGCCGUUCGAACCGUAUGGGAAGAAGGCCAUGUAA